GGCCUCACGGGCCGCCUCCCGUGAUACCCCGCGCCCGCUGUCGCGGUUGCCGGGCAACGCGCGCUCCUGGGCGCCGGCCGCGCGAGCUCCGCUGCGCGAUGGGGCCGCGAGGCCUCCCGCCGCCGCUGCUGCUGGUGCUCCUGGGCGGCUGGGCCUCGGUGAGCGCCCAGACCGGGGUCACCCCGGCGGUGACGACGGAGGGCCUCAACUCUACCGAGGCAGCUCCGGCCACCCUCGGGCCCUCCCUGUCGCCUAGGCCCCCCGGAACCCCCAAGGCCCCGGCGCCCACCUCCACCCCCAGGCCCACCCCAGUCACGGACGUUGCUACUCUGUGUGUCUGUGACUUGUCCCCAACACAAUGUGACGUUAACUGCUGUUGCGAUCCUGACUGCACCUCCGCAGAUUUCAGUGUUUUUUCUGCCUGCUCAGUUCCGGUUGUCACGGGUGAUAGCCAGUUUUGUAGUAAAAAAGCAGCCAUCUAUUCAUUGAAUUUUACAGCAGACCCACCUCAAAGACUGUUUAAACUUGUCGACCAGAUCAAUCCAUCUAUUUUUUGUAUUCAUAUUACAAACUAUAAACCUGCAUUAUCCUUUAUUAGUCCAGAAGUGCCGGAUGAAAACAAUUUUGAUCAGUUGAUGAAAACAUCUGAUGGUUUUGCAUUGAAUGCUGAAUCAGAUGUUUCCUUCACAACCAUAUUGGAUGCUCCAGAUACUGCUAAAUACGAGUUUGGGGUUCGCUUGCAGACGUCAGAUUCAUUUCUGAGAUUUCCUUCGCCCCUGACAUCAUCUCUGUGCACUGAUAAUAACCCUGCAGCGUUUCUGGUAAACCAGGCUGUUAAAUGCACCAGAAACAUCGGUUUAGAACAGUGUGAAGAAGCUGAAGCCCUGAGCAUGUCUUAUUACAGCAGCCUGGAAAUUUUGAGGGUGCCGAAUUCAAGAAAAAAGGUCCCCAUCACCAUCCAGUCCAUCAUCGUUCAGUCUCUAAACAGAACGCGCACUCGGCGGGAGGAUACUGGCAUGUUGCGGCCUGCACUCGCCGACACUGGCCACGUUCUGCUCUGCACGAACGUUGUUCUUGAGGUGAUGUACAGCCUCACAUACACAGAUGCAGGUGAAGUAACCACAGCUGAUCUCUCUUUCCUUCUGGGGACAGUUAGCAACGUCAUGCUUCCACUGCAGCAAACGUUUGAAAUUCAGUUUAUUCAGGAAAAUACAAAGCCAGUUCCUCUCAGUGGCAACCCUGGUUAUGUGGCAGGGCUCCCGCUAGCUGCUGGAGUCCAGCCUCGGAGGGGGUCUGGGAUUAUUCAGACCACGAACAGAUACGGACAGCUUACUAUUCUUCAUAGUACAGCUGAGCAAGACUGCUUGGCACUUGAGGGGAUCCGGACCCCAGUAUUAUUUGGUCACAACAUGCAGUCGGGCUGCAAACUAAGACUGUCCGGAGCUCUCCCGUGCUGGCUCGUGGAGCAGAAGGUACAGAGCCUACUGUGGGGCCAGAGCUUCCCAGACUAUGUGGCCCCUUUCGGAAAUUCCCGGGCCCAGGACGUGCUGGACUGGGUGCCCGUCCGCUUCAUCUCCCAGUCAGCCAACGAGAAGGACUCUUGCCAGCUCCCAGUGGCCUUGGUUAUAGAAGUGCUGUGGACUAAGUACGGAUCCUUAUUGAACCCACAGGCCAAAAUAGUCAACGUAACUGCAAGUCUCAUUUCAUCCUCCUUUCCUGAGACCAGUUCAGAAAAUGAAAGGACAGUUCUUAUUUCUACCACGGUUACUUUUGUGGACGUGUCUGCACCUGCAGAGGCAGGCUUCCGAGCUCCGCCAACCAUCAAUGCCAGGCUGCCCUUCGAUUUUUUCUUCCCAUUUGUUUGACAAUGCUCCUAUGAAAGGCUGCACCGGUUCUUCAACUUACAUGUGGAACUGAAAACUACACUCAGUGAGAUUAAAUUUUACAUACAGGCGGCCAUUGUCUAGCUUCACUGCUCACUGUCAAGCCAGGCUGGAAUGUUCAGUAGCAGCUGAACUCAAGGUGUUGAAUCUUGGCAGCCAACUGGAUAUUCAUCUGUUUUAACCUCAAGAGUUGCCGUUCUGAUCGUGUCUUAACCGAGAUAAUUAUCCCUGAAAUAAAAUGGAAGGUCUCACUGAUACUGCUUAGCAACUCAGGAAAAGAAAAAA